AUGAGCUCUGGCAGGAAGCCCAGAGCGAGCAACCCUCGCAGGCCCUCAGCCAGAAAAGCCCGGGCCCGGCGUACUGCCCCUUCUCCUUCCCGCCGCCGUCAAUACCGGCUACGCUGCCCAUUCCAUGCCAAAUUUCCCGAUAAGUUUAGAGGCUACAAUUCUUCCUGCCAGGGAACUGGAUUUGAGACAAAUGCACGUGUUGUCGAGCACCUAAAGAGAGCCCACGGGCCGGUCGAGCUAAGCGACGAUGCCGUCACUGACCCGGAGGCCACCGCCUCUCCAGGCCCUCCGCAAGCCGUGGCGGCGGACCGCGACAGCGAGCGAGUAACCAACGAACAAUUCGACUUGAUCGCCAGCCUUCCACGAAACCCAAACAUUCAGGAGAAAUGGGAGAAGAUCUACAAUAUUAUUUUCCCAGGCGAUGAAGCUAUCAAACCUGCCUACAUGGUCUCAGUGGAACGGUUGCGAGACCACGCCCGGAACCCGCCAGAUUCGCUUAUUCUCAAGCUGAUUGGCGCGGGCAUGGGGGCGUCUCAUCAAGAAAUACGCCUCUUCCUGCAAAAUUGUCUUCUUUUCAUCGACAUUGUCGGCGGUAGUCCUUCGUCUUUGCCGCCAUCCAUUGUUACCCCCCCUCAAACCGAACUAGGACAGCUAUCCCUGAGUUCUGAGAGCCUUGUGGGUACUUCUUCAGCGGGCGACAUGAAAGAUAAUACUGGUAUAGGUGAACAAUUUUGUUUUCCAGAGACAGAUUGUUCUCCUGGGCAUGGUUUUGAGAGUACGCAUGACUAUACCUUUGAAAUGAUUGAUUUUGAAGCAUUGAGGGUUGGGCAAGAUUACACGGACAAAGAAAUGGCAGAGGCUCUUGAGUAG